AGUCUUUAGACUCACAGUAGUUUCAGGAAGUUUCCAUACUUUUAGCAAAUAGUAUCGUUGUCUUGCAAAAAAAUAAUUGAGAGAAUGACAUCAAUGUUUGGGCGUAAACAAAAUUUUUAUUACAGUUAUUACUUUCUGUCUGCUACAAUUUCCUUAGAUAACAAAUGUUGAAUUCCUUCUGAUAUUAAAUAUACUAUGUAUUAUAAGCAUGGUGUACGCAGGGUUCCCCAAGUCCGUCGAAGACUGAAGACUCGUCGGGACGACCCGAAAGCCCACAAUUAAGUCGGGUUGAUUCCCAGGCCUCUUUAAACCCUAGAACACCUGAGGCACGAAAAACAUCGAGACCCAAAUCACUUAUGAUAUCUGACAGUCCCAAAUCGUCUGAACGCCAGGUUCGCUUCAGCCCAGAAAUUAUAAACUCUGAUGUAACGUAUCGAAUUCCCAAUGGCAAAUCGCCGCAAAGUAUAGAGCAGACUGCUAAUGACAGUAUAACAGAUCAGGAUUCAUCCCAAAGUAAUGCGAGGCGAAGACUCUCCAUAAAGGACAGGAAAGAAUCGAUCUCUCCCGAAAGAGAUAGCGGAAUAGGAUUGAAAUCACCACAAAACGCAAAAACAGAGUAUAUAUCGCCUGAUGGUGAAAGUCAUACGGGUGAAAAAACCCCCGAAGUGAACGUAUCGAGUCAGAAAACUCUAGAAGUAAUGGGUCAGAAAUCUGAGCCGCAGUCCCAAGUCUCCCCUGAAGAUCCCCAAGCCGGGCCUUCGAAUCGGCCCGAAAUGAGGGAAGACAAAGAAGAAACAGCUGAGAUGCUGGAGCAAGGUCUAGCAGAGAGACGAAAAAGACGUAGUGCAGUCUUUAAAGUAUUAUUGCAAGCGGCAACAUUGACGUUUUUAGCGGAAUGGGGUGAUAGGUCGCAACUGGCGACAGUGGUGUUGGCCACGAGAGAAGAUGUGUUUGGAGUCGUGGUGGGAGGCUCCCUGGGACAUGCCCUUUGCACGGGAUUGGCUGUGAUUGGUGGAAGAAUGGUGGCGCAGAAGAUUUCUGUUAGGACUGUGACAAUUAUCGGUGGUAUAGUCUUCCUGUUCUUCGCUGUGAGUGCACUAAUAAUGGGCCCCGGCGAGUAAAGACUUUUAAUCAAUAUACAUGGUGCUCUCAAAUGUUUUUAGACGUCUAUAUGACGAUCCUAGGGUAGACUUGUGCGUGCGUGUUUGCAUUCACUCAUUUUUUUUUAUUCUGUUCAGAAAUAAGAUAGACAUUCUGUACUCGUUUGACGUUCAAAACUCUUCCUUCUCUUAUUAUUCUGUACCGAAAGAUAGCCGACGUGGAAGUUUUGCGAACUAAUAUAAUUUGUUAUGUAUCGCAGAAAAUAUUGACUUAGUAUUAAUUGAUGAUUACUGUCGUACUAUAAUGACGAAACAGUGUUGUCAUAACAAAAAAGGAAAUCUUGAACUUCAGCUACCUCAAAUCCCACGACGGUUCUCUUUCCGCUAAGACUGAAAAUACGCAACAAAUAAAAGUAGAUUUGUUGGAAUUGACUCAUUUUUACAUUAAUCCUGAAUAAUUCAGCAUUUAUGAAUAGUCAGGUUCCUCUUCAAACACUUAAGCUUAGGUUUCGUAGAAAAGCGGUGCAGUUAACUAUUGACCGUCAUUUUACGGUUGUUAAUAACGACCGUCUCUACUUUUUAAGAUAAU